GCAGAAUGGCAUCUGUAAGCCCAGAAGACAACACAGACAAUAAUGCAAUGCCAAAAGAACUGGCUGCUGAAAGCAAGCUGUAUGUGGAUGUGGGUAUGGAAUGCAUACCCAUUGUCUAUCGGGAUGAGUACAACAUACGUUUGCUUGGCAUGGAAAAACUGCACCCAUUUGAUGCUGGAAAAUGGGGAAAUGUUGUGAAAUAUUUGAAAAAGAAGAAAUUGCUGAAAGAUUUGAAAUUAGUGUGCCCAAAUGAAGCCACAGAGACUGACUUACGUUUUGUACAUACAGCAUCAUAUCUUAGAAGUCUGAAGUGGAGUGUAAAUGUUGCAAAAAUUACAGAGGUGGCUCCAGUAGCACUUUUACCAAAUAUGGUUGUGCAGAAAAAAGUAUUGAAACCAUUCAGAUACCAAACAGGAGGAAGUGUCUUGGCAGGGAAACUAGCAGUGGAGCGAGGAUGGGCAAUAAAUAUUGGGGGUGGUUUUCAUCACUGCAGUGGAAACAUGGGUGGUGGUUUCUGUGCCUAUGCAGAUAUUACACUGACAGUGCACUUUAUUCUCAACCAUUACCCUAACAUACAGAAGGUUAUGAUCAUUGACCUUGAUGCUCACCAGGGUAAUGGCCAUGAACGUGACUUCAUUGGCAGAAAAGAUGUCUACAUACUUGAUGUCUACAACAAAUAUAUAUAUCCAAAGGACACAUAUGCGAAGAGGGCAAUAAGUCGAAGAGUUGAAUUGUUUGCAUACACACAGGAUGAAGAAUAUCUCGAGAAGGUCACAACUCAUGUGGAAGGGGCCCUGAAUGAAUUUAGUCCACAUGUGGUCAUAUACAAUGCUGGAACGGACAUUAUGGAAGGAGACUGUUUGGGACUGCUGUCAGUGACCAAGCAGGGUAUUGUAGACAGGGAUGAGAUAGUUUUCCAAAAGGUGAGAGAGAGACGUAUUCCCAUCAUCAUGGUUACCAGUGGUGGAUAUCAACGUGUAACAGCAGCUGUAAUUGCUGACUCUAUUGCAAACCUGAACAGAAAGUCACUUAUAGAUAUGAGAGUACAAUAAGUUGACUUCGAAUCUCUUUUAAGAUAUAGUUGGCUUUAAAAAUUGCAAUAUUUUAUUUACAGGCAGCUUUUGUUUUCAAAUUUUUGUUUCUCUGGUUAACAGUUAAUAAGUUAACUUUAAAAAAAAAAAUAAGCUUUAAUUGGCUCUAAAACUUGACAUUAGAAAGCAUGUGUUUUCAGCUUUUAGUCUGUAUGGUGAAUUGAUAAUAAGCUGAUUUUGAAUCUUUUAAGACUUUAUAGCCAUUUUAAAAAUGCAAUAUUUCAUUUUUAGACAGUUUUUGUUUUCAGCUUUUAGUUUUUUUGAUUAACUGAUGAUUACCUUACUUUGAAUCUCAUUUAAGACUUAAUUGGUUUUAAAAGAGGCAAUAUUUCAUGUUUAGACAGCUUUUUCACAUCUAGUCUUUAUGGUUACCUGUUAAUUUUUCUAUAUUAUAUUUGCUUGAAAAGAAUAGUAGAGAAAAUUUAAGUACUUUAUAUAGUUAAUAUUGUUUUGCAUGUGUUUGUAUAUAGGAGCAUAUGAAUUCAUAUGCUCCUAUAUACUGACUCAGUGACUGAUGCAGAAAUAUCCAUUUCUGCAUCAGUCACUGAGGCUUUAACAUUGUUAGAAAUAUAAAAAAGGCUUUACUUUACGGAGAGAUCUGGAAGAUUUUUUUUUAUACUAGAGAUUGUUUCUUACUAAUAUUAGGAAUACUGUCAGUUUAUUUUUUAUUUUUUUUUUUUUUUAAUUCUGACAUGUAAAGGGUCUGUCCAGAGAUAGCAUGAUACAGACACAGAUAUGGCAGUAUCUCAUUCAUACAUUUGCUGCCUUUCAAAUUUUUAUCAUCCCAUCAUGCACAGUUUCAUCAUUUGAAACCAACUAAAAGAAGCAUCUUCAGACAUCAGCCAAGAUGAACACAAUGCUCUUAAAAGUAGCAAAAAAAUCAGCACUCAAAGUGCUUCACCUUCAAAGUCUACUUUGCUUUCAGAAAAAAAUGAAAUCAUAUGGUGCCAAGGCAAGACUCUGCAUAUGAUAUUCAAAUAACUAUGGAAGCUUGCCUAUCUUUCUUUUACAGCAGAUGAGGGAUGAGGCAAGCAAACUUCUCUGUACCAUUGUGCACUAACACUACCACACUGUAAAGUUACUCAUUGAUUGUGUAUAUCGAUGGAUUGAACUAGGAGCAAAGUAUUGUUGGGAGAAGUCUCCAGCUAGAAACAUUCAUUCAGCAUACCAACAUUUAUUGUGUGGAUCCUGUUGGUACAUCUACAUUUGAUCACCUGUGAUGACAUAAUAUUUAUUCUUAGAGUUUCUAUCAUUUUACUUUUUCACCAAAUAAUUUUUCCAAUAUACUGUAUCCUUUAUAUACUCUGGAAUCGUCCAUUAUGUCAGACACCUAAUAUGCUCAAAACCUCCUGACCUGGACGUGAUCAUGCUUGACAGUCGUACAGUAGAGGUGCCAAUCUUUGGGUUUUCUGAUAUAUUGAUCAUGGUAAUUCUUCUGUCAUGCUCCAACAUUUUAGCCACAGAAGAAACAAAGUUCAAAACCAUCAAUUCCAUUCUCUUCAGUUGUUCUGGUAGAAUUAUUCUACAGUGUGUAAUAUUGAUUAUGUUUGUACCUUUACCAUUAUUUCUGUUAAAAUAUACAAAAGCAAAACUAUCUUGUAACUUAGAAGGGAAGUAGAAGUGGCCCAUUUCAUCAAAUGUUUAUGCAUGAGCAUAGGUAUUUCAGCUGUAACCACAAGUCAAGUAAACUUUGGGGUCCACAAUUUAAUAACUUCAGAACAGUAAAUGUUUUUGCAUGUUGCUGAGUAAAACUUCUUGGUAUUUGCUAAUCUUUAGGAACAGGAAAUUUAUAGUUCUCAUAAAGACCACUCAAAAAUAUAGAGUAUAUUAAAUAUAUGGUACUAGACCAGCAAAAUACACUUCACGUUUCUCAUUAGUGUAGGUGUUAGAAAUGAUAAAAAAAAAUGUUCUAUAAUGGUAUAGGUAAGAGAAGUUGAUAACAGUUUUAUGACUGUAUUGUACUAGAAGAUUAGGAAGAUUGUCAAAAAGUAAAGAUAGCUAAUGUUUUUAAAACUUAAUCUUGUGCUCCAUUAAAAAUUUCACUCAUAGAGAGGAACAUUAAAAGCACUUUUUAGGCAUAAGCAUGCUAUGGUUAUACAGUUUUAGAAUUGUAAGAGUUACAUUUACCCUAGAGAUGUAGGGCUGAAGGAAGCUGAGUCAGAAAUUUGUUUAGUUUUCAUUUUGCAAAAUGAAGGAAGAUGGUGAACUAAGACUUCUACUGAUUCUUAAAAUUUCCACUAUUGAGAUAAAGCUCAAGAUUUCAGACAUCUUUGGGAGCCAGAUCUCAUGCAAAAAUUCUUUUGAGAAAAUACAUUCUGGUUCUAUAAGUUCAUUAUGGAAGGCACAUAAACAAAACUCAAAGACAGUACCAAAUACCAAGAGGGUUGUUUAAUGACAACUUGACCACACAUCAAAUAAGCUUCAUUCUCCAGAAGUGCCUAUCCCCGCUUAACCCUUUGAUUAAAGCUUGCAUCCCCUAAGUAAUUUUAUUUCAGGUUAGAUUAAAAUGAUCUUUGGCUGUGCAUAGGUUAUCAAAUUACAAGUAAACAAGGCUUUUGAUAUGAUAAUUCCACAGCCAUUUUUAAGACAUUUAACAAAUUGCUUAUGACCCAUUAGAAAUGGUUGCAGUAUAUUAUCCAAUUGAAGAGGAUAAAAUUGUACCGGGAAAAGUGUGUUUGUGUGUGCGUGUGCGUGCGUAUCCAUGUCUGAGUGUGUCCGUGUAUGUGUGUGUGCAUGUUUAUAUGUACAUAAAUGUGUAUAGAGGCAAAACAUCAGAAAUAUGUUGUUUUGUGUUAAGAGGUGGUAUUAGCACUCAGGACUUGUUGAGAAGGAACUGCUCAUAUCUCCACAGAUUCAUCACGAUUUCCAUAUUUCUUCUCCAUCCGUGUAGUCAUCAUCCUUGACAUGUUUCAACAGUAAUGGUCAUGAAAGUCUUUACACUCAUUGUGAAUGAAAACAUUGUUGGCUUUGGCCAACCCAUCUGUGUCUUAUCUAUAAACUUGUAAGCACUAAUUUGCUCCCACCCCCUUUAGUAGCCAGUGUUUCUGCCUACCAUGACCAAGUGAUUGAACAGGCCACAAUCACCAUUUAAGAACAAUCCUAGAAUAUGUACAUAGGGUGCAAGGUAUGGGUUGUUCAGUCACCUAGUUAUCACUAGCCAUGUCUCCGACUACUAGAUUUAGGGCAGAAUUAGUCAUAAUGGGUGUAUUUUUUGACUCAUAUGAUUAAUCUGGUGUUUGAAUUUGCUGUCCAACAACUGUAGAGUUCCAAGAAAGCAUUACAAAUUUGCUUUAGUCCAUUUCUUUUGUGUAAUAUUAUAAUUUCAUUAUUUAAAUUGUAGCUAAAAAGAUUUUUUCUGUGUCUGUAUAUUGGUGAGAAUUCUUGCCUAUUAUAGUUGUGUUUAUUGUGAGAGAGACUGCUUACUAAAGUGAUGUUUAUUAUUGGCACACAAUUUUUUCACGAUAGAAACUCUUAGAACAUCAUAAUCACCUUGUAUUGUAGAGUAUAAUUUUGUCAUUCCAUUUUUUCUUUUUCUUUCUUUUCCUUAGUAUUAUAAUUUUUUUUUUUUUUUUUUUUUUUUU